UGGAUGUGAGGCGGAGGCGCCGCACCCUGCAGCGGUCGUCGUGCUGGCGGUUCCCCGGUGUGGCGACGAGAGCAAACAACUUCAGCGGUGCGAUGCUGGUGCUGUACGUGUUUGGGCGGCACCCGUCGCACAACUUCACGUACUCUUUGGCGCUGCAGCGUGAGGCGGAGCAGUGGAACGAUGUGAUUGCGCUGCCGAUGAAUGAGGGGCGCCCAUCGACCAACAAAACUAUUGCUGGCGGACUCAAGUGGGGCAAUGAGGCUGAGAUCGGGCUGAGCCGCAAGGUGUUCCUGUGGUUCGACAUGGCGCUG